AUGUUCACAACCAAAGCGCGCUGUCUCGUACCGAAGCUUCACCGUCAAUUCGUCCUCUCCCGCAAAAUUCAAAGUCGAAACUACUACCAUCUAGCCCCUGCUGAAAAGAGUCAUCUCAUUCUACCCAACACAAACAUGACGAAACAGUACCUUGAUCUCCCAGUUGCUCCGGCAGAUCUCGCAUUCGGCUUGAUGGCUGAGUUCGACGCGGACCCCCACCCAAGCAAAGUGUCCUUGAUUGCAGGUGCAUACCGUGAUGAGAAUGGAUUACCUUGGAUACUACCAAGUGUAAACGAGGCUAAAGCUUGUCUUGAAAAGAACUCGAAUCACGAGUACCUAGGCAUAGCCGGCUCACCCGAAUUCAUCAAACUCGCCCAGUCUCUCAUAUUCGGGGAAACAUCCGAAACAAUCAAAGAGCAUAUCGCAAGUAUCCAGACUGUAUCAGGUACCGGCGCAAACCACAUGGCAGCGCUCUUCCUGGCGAAGCAUCUUCGUCCACAACGCGUCUUCAUUCCGUCUCCUACAUGGGUAAAUCACCAAUCUAUCUGGACUAUGGCUGGCGUCCCCCAUGAAGAAUAUCCAUAUUAUUCGUCGGAAACUCGCACCGUCAAACUGGAAGGGAUGCUUGCAGCCCUAGAGCAAAAAGCACAGCCCAACGACGUAGUCAUUCUCCAAGCCUGUGCACACAAUCCAACGGGCGUGGACCUAUUCAAAUCGCAAUGGGCAGAAGUAGCCCGCGUCAUCAAACGAAAGAAUCUAUUCGUCGUCUUCGACAGUGCAUACCAGGGUUUCGCGACUGGAGAUGUUGACGGCGACGCAUGGGCUGUUCGAUACUUCGUCGAGCAACUGAUUCUAACCGCUGAAUCGGACUCAACGCACCCUGGCCUUUGCAUCGCCCAGUCCUUCUCCAAGAAUUUCGGUCUGUACGGCGAGCGGGUCGGAGCUUUGCAUCUGGUUGUCCCGCGUCACUUGUCGCCUCAAGGUGCGCAAUCCGAAUUGAUGUCCAUCGCGAGAUCGGAGUACUCGAACCCGCCGCGUUUCGGGGCUAGUAUUGUUCAGACUGUGCUUGGCAGUCCCCGUCUUAGGGACCAGUGGCAAGCAGAUUUGAACACGAUGAGUGCUAGGAUCAUGGUGAUGAGACGUGCGCUCCGACAGAGACUGGAAGAGCUUGGGGCACCUGGUAACUGGUCGCACAUUGAGAGCCAGAUUGGGAUGUUUAGCUAUACCGGGCUAACACGCGAACAUGUGCAGCGUCUACGGAAUGAGUUCCAUAUUUACCUAUUGCUCUCGGGCCGAGUGAGUAUCUGUGGAUUGAAUGAGGGUAAUGUCGAUUAUGUGGCGAGGGCUAUUAGGGAGGUUGUGAGGACAACAAUGUGA